AGGCAGGCAGGCAGACGGGCCCCCAAAGACCAUGGCACAAGCCAUGGCCACUCCUGAGCCCUGCGCCAGCCCAGAGGUCUGGAAUGAGACUGAGCCCCAGCCUGCCACCACUGAUCUGCUGAGCCUGUGUUUCCUGAGAACCAUGGGGGUCUGGGUGCCUCCCUUGUACCUCUGGAUCCUUGGGCCCCUCCAGCUCCUCUACAUCCAUCGGCACGACAAGGGCUACCUCCGCAUGUCCACACUCUUCAAGGCCAAAAUGGUACUUGGAUUUGCCCUCAUUCUCCUGUGCAUCUACAGCGUGUCUGUGGCUCUAUGGAGAAUCCAACAGGGAAUACCUCAAGCCCCUGAAUUCCUCAUUCACCCCACCGUGUGGCUCACCACCAUGAAUUUAGCUGUGUACCUGAUCCACACAGAGAGGAAGAAGGGGGUCCAGGCAUCCGGUGUGCUAUUUGGUUACUGGCUACUCUGCUUCCUUUUUCCAGCCACCAGCAUUAUCCAGGGGGGCCUCCAUGGUGACAUCUCCCGCCAUCUUUCCACCUACCUGUUCUUGUCUCUGGUGGUGGCGCAGUUUGUGCUGUCCUGCCUUGCCGAUCAGCCCCCUUUUUUCCCUAAGGAACCCCCACAGCCUAAUCCCUGUCCUGAGACCGGGGCCUCCUUCCCCUCCAAGGUCACCUUCUGGUGGGUUUCUGGGUUGAUCUGGAAGGGCUACAGAAGACUGUUGGGGCCAAAAGACCUCUGGUUCCUCCCCCGGGAAAACACCUCAGAAGAACUUGCUUCUCAGCUGGAGAGGGAGUGGACACAGAGUAGGCGCACUGACCAGCGGCAUGCUGAAGCCACAUUGUUUCGAAGGAAAGGCCCAGACGGCAUGGACGCUGUGGAGAGAGAGGCCCUGCUGAAGCAAGAGGGAAGCAAGCGAGGGUUGCUGCUCAGGGCUGUCUGGCGGAUGUUCCGCCCUAGCUUCUUGCUGGCCACUGUCUACCUGGUCAUCAGUGAUGUCUUCAGGUUUGCUAUUCCCAAGCUCCUCAGCCUUUUCCUGGAGUUUAUUGGUGACCCCAAAACCCUGGCCUGGAAGGGCUACCUGCUUGCCGUGCUAAUGUUUCUCACCACCUGCCUGCAAACGCUAUUUGAACAACAAUCCAUGUACCGACUUAAGGUGCUACAGAUGAGACUGCGCACAGCCCUCACCAGCCUGGUAUACAGAAAGCUCCUGACUCUGUCUAGUGGUUCCCGGAAAGCCAGCCCUGUGGGGGAUGUGGUGAAUCUGGUGUCAGUGGAUGUGCAGCGACUGGCCGACCAUGUUCUCUUUGUCAACGGACUGUGGAUGCUGCUUGUCUGGAUCACUAUCUGCUUUGUCUACCUCUGGCAGCUGCUGGGCCCAUCCGCACUCACGGCCAUCGUCGUCUUUCUGAGCCUCCUGCCCCUGAACUUCUUCAUCACCAAGAAGAAGAACCAGUACCAGAAGGAGCAGAUGAGUGAGAAGGACUCCCGGGCGAGGCUCACCAGCUCGAUGCUCAGGAACAUGCGGAUGGUGAAGUGUCAUGGCUGGGAGGGUGCCUUCCUGGACCAGGCACUACGCGUUCGCACCCAAGAGCUGGCUGCCCUUCGAGCCUCCGGCCUGCUCUUCUCUGUGUCCCUCGUGUCUUUCCAAGUCUCCACCUUCCUGGUGGCGCUGGUGGUGUUCACGGUCCACACUUUGGUGGCCGAGGACAGUGCUAUGGAUGCCGAGAAGGCCUUUGUGACCCUCACCGUCCUCUCUGUCCUCACCAAGGCUCAGGCCUUCUUGCCCCUCUCCAUCAACUCAGCCAUCCAGGCUUGGGUGUCCUAUGACCGACUGGCUGCCUUCCUCUGCUUGGAAGAAGUUAACCCCGGGGCUGUGGAGUCGAUCUCCUCCCGAUGCUCUGCUGGGGAAAAUUGCAUCAGAAUAGAGGAGGGCACUUUCUCCUGGACCUACGAGAGCCCUCCCUGCCUGCACAGGAUCACACUCUCUGUGCCCCAGGGCUGCCUGCUGGCUGUCGUGGGUCCCGUGGGUGCAGGAAAGACCUCGCUGCUGUCCGCCCUCCUGGGGGAGCUGUUCAAGGUGGAGGGAUCUCUGAGCAUCAGGGGCCCCGUGGCGUUCGUGCCCCAGGAGGCCUGGGUCCAGAAUGCAUCUGUGCUGGACAACGUGCGCUUCUGCCGGGAGCUGGACCCGCCGUGGCUGGAGCGAGUCCUGGACGCCUGUGCCCUGUGGCCCGACGUGAACAGCUUCCCCAAUGGGGUCCACACACAGCUUGGAGAGCAGGGCAUGAGCCUGUCUGGAGGCCAGAAGCAGCGGCUGAGCUUGGCACGGGCUGUGUACAGGAAGGCAGCCGUAUACCUCCUGGAUGACCCACUGUCUGCAUUGGAUGCCCAUGUUGGCCAGCACGUCUUUAACCAGGUCAUCGGGCCUGGCGGGCUGCUCCAGGGUGCGACACGCAUCCUGGUGACCCACGCACUCCAUGUCCUGCCACAUGCCGACUGGAUCGUAGUGCUGGAGGACGGGGCCAUCACUGAGAUGGGCACUUACCAAGAGCUUCUGCACAGGAAGGGGUCCCUGGUGGACCUGCUGGAUCGAGCCCGGCAGCCAGGAGAUAUGGAAGAAAGAGAUAUGGACCCCAGGACUGGUGCUGAGGGCCCCAGAGGUCCCCCUGGCCACAGGAGAUCUGAAGAGGGCACGGAGGGGUUCAUGCAAUGCAUGUCCAUGAAGGACAGUCCCCCUCUGGAGAGCCGGGCAAAUGUCCCUCUGGAGGACUCAGAGGCAACAGGUGGACCAGGAGGGGUCAAUGUGUGGUAUGGAAGGGUCAAGGCUGCCAUGUACCUGAGCUACCUGCAAGCCGUGGGCGCCCCGCUCUGCCUCUUCGCGCUCUUUCUCUACUUCUGCCAGCAGGUGGCGUCCUUCUGCCAGGGCUACUGGCUGAGCCUGUGGGCAGACGACCCAGUCGUGGCCGGGCGCCAGGAGCAAGCAGCCCUUCGGGGCUGGGUCUUUGGGCUCCUGGGCUGUCUCCAAGCCAUCGGGCUCUUCAUCUCCAUGGCCGUGGUGCUUCUGGCUGGAGUCCAGGCAUCCCACCAGCUCUUCCGGCAGCUCCUAUGGGAUGUGGUUCGCUCCCCGCUUGGCUUCUUUGAGCGCACACCUGUAGGGAACCUUCUGAACCGCUUCUCCAAGGAGACAGAUACGGUGGACGUGGAUAUCCCGGACAAGCUCCGUCUCCUGCUCACCUACGCCUUUGAGCUCCUGGAGGUCAUCCUGGUGGUGACGGUGGCCACACCACUGGCCAUUCUGGCUGUGCUGCCGCUGCUGUUCCUCUAUGUGGGGUUCCAGAGCCUGUACGUGGCCAGCUCAUGCCAGCUUCGGCGCCUGGAGUCCGACAGGCAUUCGGCCGUGUGCUCGCACCUGGCCGAAUCGUUCCAGGGUGGUGCCGUGAUUCGGGCAUUCGGCGAGCAGAAGGCCUUCGUAGCAUUGAGUGACGCCUGCAUGGAUGAGAGCCAGAGGGUCAGCUUCCCACGGCUGGUGGCAGACAGGUGGCUCGCCACCAACCUGGAGCUGCUAGGAAAUGGGCUGGUAUUCGUGGCUUCCGCCUGUGCAGUGCUGGCCAAGGCCCGUCUCAGUGCUGGCUUCGUGGGAUUCUCCGUCUCUGCUGCCCUCAAGGUGACCCAGACACUGCAGUUCGCUGUUCGCAGCUGGACAGAGCUGGAAAGCAACAUCGUGUCCGUGGAGCGGAUGCGGGACUACACCCACUCGCCCAAGGAGGCAACCUUGAGACUGUCCACCUGUACGGCCCAACACCCCUGGCCUUCUGGGGGAAGAUAGAGUUUCCGAGACUUGGAUUGAGAUAACCGGCCUGAAACUCCACUGGCUGUGAGGAAUGUGUCUGUCCAGAUUCAGGCAGGAGAGAAGGUGGGCAUCGUCGGCAGGACAGGGGCCGGGAAGUCUUCGCUGGUAGGUGGCCUGCUACGGCUCUUGGAGGCAGCAGAGGGUAGCGUGUGGAUUGAUGGGGUCCCCAUUGCCCAUGUAGGACUGCACACACUUCGAUCCCGAAUCACCAUCAUUCCCCAGGACCCCAUCCUGUUUCCUGGCUCUUUGCGGAUGAACCUAGAUAUGCUUCAGGAACACUCAGACGAUGCCAUCUGGGCGGCCUUGGAGACGGUGCAGCUCCGAGCCCUAGUAGGCAGCUUGCCCGGCCAGCUCCUAUAUGAGUGUGCGGACCAGGGCAGCGACCUGAGUGUGGGUCAGAAGCAGCUGGUGUGCCUGGCCCGUGCCCUUCUCCGGAAAACCCAGAUCCUUAUCCUGGAUGAGGCCACAGCGUCUGUGGACCUGGGCACUGAGCUGCAGAUGCAGGAGGCCCUUCAGGGCUGGUUCUCUCAGUGCACGGUACUGGUCAUUGCCCACCGCCUGCGCUCUAUCAUGGACUGCACCAGGGUACUGGUCAUGGACAAGGGCCAGGUGGUUGAGAGUGGCAGCCCGGCCCAGCUGCUGGCCCAGAAGGGCCUGUUUUACAAGCUGGCCCAAGAGUCGGGCUUGGUUUGAGCCUUCCACACAUGCACAUGAACUUCUAUGCAACUGGAUCACACAUCCCUGCAUUUGCUGGGAUACUGAAUAGCUCCUGAGCUACUGAGUGACAAGGCAGACAGGACUCACGCCCAGGUCUGUCUGAUGCCAAAGCCCAGGCCCCAUACACCGUGCCACAUCAAUUCCCCCUUAAACCCCAACAGACACUCGUCCCCUUGAGCACCCUGUCUCCAACCAGCUCUCCCAGGGACUGGAACC